AAGGGCGCUGCGGCGGGCCGGGGCCAGCCCAGUCUCCGCCCCUGCCCGGCCCCGCUCUGCCCGCAGCCACCUCCCCGGCGGGGCGGAGCCCUCAGCCGGCCCCGUCCCACCGCCCUGCCGGGGCGGGCGGCCCGCAGAGCCAGGCGGGCGGCGGGAUGUGCGGGCGGACGGCGUGUUCCCUGGGGGCCGAGAACCUCCGCCGGGCCUGCGCCUACCGCGACCGGCUGGGCCAGCGGCGGCAGCCCGAGUGGAUCCAGGCGGAGAGGUACCGGCCCUCGUACAACAAGGGCCCGCAGUCCCGCGGCCCGGUGCUGCUCUCCCGGCGGCACCUCCAGCAGGAUGCCGACUCUUCCGAGCGGGUCCUCAUGGACAUGCGCUGGGGCCUCAUUCCCUCCUGGUUCAAAAAGGAUGACCCCUCCAAAAUGCAGUUUAAUACCUCCAACUGCCGCAGUGAUACCAUGCUGAAGAAGUCCUCCUACAAGGGUGCUCUCCUCAAGGGCAAGCGCUGCGUGGUCCUGGCGGAUGGCUUCUACGAGUGGCAGCAGCGCAGUGGGGGGAAGCAGCCGUAUUUCAUUUACUUUCCCCAGACCAAGGAUGCCAUGGCCGAGGGGAAGGAGGGAGAUGAGGAAUGGAGAGGGUGGAGGUUGCUUACCAUGGCUGGGAUUUUUGACUGCUGGGAACCACCGGCGGGAGGAGAAAUGCUGUACACUUACACCAUCAUCACUGUGGAUGCUUCCAAGGACGUGAGCUUCAUCCAUCACAGGAUGCCAGCCAUCCUGGAUGGGGACGAGGCCAUCAGGAAAUGGCUGGACUUUGCUGAAGUGCCAACCCAAGAAGCAGUUAAACUCAUCCAGCCCACAGAGAACAUCGUUUUCCACCCAGUGUCCACCUUUGUCAACAGCGUCCGCAACAACACGCCCGAGUGUCUUGUACCCAUUGAGCUGGGAGGCAAGGAAGAGGUCAAAGCCACCCCAAGCAGCAAAACGAUGCUGGGCUGGUUAAAAAACUCCCAGGAGGGCUCUCCCCAGAAGAAAGAAAAUGAUUUGCCCAGGUGGACAAGUCAGUUCAUCCACAGCCCUUCGCCCAAGAAAACCAGCGCAGAUAUCCUGCAGCAGUGGCUGGGGAAGGAGGGAGAGCCGGCUGCGAAGAAGCACAAGGCUUAGGCACCAGCUGGGAUGGCUGGCCAUCCUUUUUCCUCCUGAUUUUCCUAAGCAGAAUGAGGAAUGUUUUUUUGGAAGGCUUUGCAGACUGGUGUUUUGAUUCUCCAAGCCUCUAAGGUGUUGAUCCAAUGCUCUAAGUUGUUGUCUCUGUUCUUCGUGUUGUGUUAAAGAUUGCUGUUUGUCUUUAAAUGUUUUGGCUUUGUCUUGUGCUGAUGGGAGUGAAUAUAACCUGCUGGCCUCCCUCCCUGCCAGUCACUCGUGCCAAGCAAAGAUAAAGCCCUGAGAAGCAUCUCAGCCUGCCAGGGAGGAGUAGCUUCUGCCUUUGUUUUGAUGUCUCCUUCUGUUUUUUUCUAUUCCCUUUUUUUUUUGUAUUAAACCAAUACCUCUUUUCCAUUUAAUUCCAUACUGAUUCUGUACAGAUUCCUUUCUAAUACUCUUGCCCUCAAAAGAUGGCUGCAGUACAGAGGAACAUGCAAUAAAUACUAGGAGGAAACCUCAGGCUGGGAAGAUCUGCCAGAGUCAUCCUCCUCUGCACCAGCGUUGCCACGUGCGUUCAUGGUUCCUAAACGGGGAGAUGUUUAAGCGGCGCCUGGGAAGAACUGGACUUUGCUUGGGUUUCCCUGCGGGCAGCGGGGUGGGACAGCAUGUCUUGGUCACGUUGUCUGUACAGUCAUUUUGUUAAUGGGAUUGGAAGACUUAGAAAGGAUUUUCUUGAUCUGUGGAGGGAUGCGCUCUGCCUUGUUCAUAAAGGUCAUUCAUUAGAGCCCAGAUAACCAAAGUGCCAUUACAGAUCAGCACAGGGUAGUUGUUUUUGAGGUCAGGGAUUUUGUAAACAGAGCCAGAUGUUACAGACCAAAAGCCUUACAUGGUGGAACCCUUGCUGGAAAGCAACAAUAAAAUGGGAUUAACUGG